CCCUCAAAAAUCCGCACAAAAACGCUGCACAGGAAAACGGUAAAACUGCAAUACAGCAGCAGCCACAACAACAAUAACACGUCGGGAGCAUCUUGUGCGAAAAUUCGCGGCCAACAAAAGAGAGAUCCCAGGCGCAAUUGGCAAUUGCGUAGAACACACAUAUAGAGGUGUCUGUGCCCAGCACACCAGUGCAAGUGACUGUGUGUUGGUCAAAAUGAGUGCACGAAAAUUGCGCGCCGAUGAGUGAUGUGCCGAAAAACAAGAAAACAAGAGCAAAGGCCAGCAGGGCGACGCAUUAGCUUAUAAAUAGUGACAAACCGAAGCAGGCCUACUGUGAUUUCCCAGCUGCCCAAUCAGCCUGUCUGCCUCUGCCCAAAGUUCUUGCGAAAGCUCUUUUUUCGCCAGCCAACCCGGGCCGUGCCUAUUCGCAUGGCCGCCACAGUGGCCUGGUACUGCGGCGUUGCCAGACACGGCCGAGAAAAAGCGUAAUUCACCAACUGAGUGCUCAUGGCAUGAUUAACGAAAAGUCUGCAUAUUUCCCCCGUGUGUGAGGCUGCAAAUGUUUAUAAACAAUAGCUGCAAUAACAAUAAGCAGCAACAAUCAGCAUUUGCGAGCUGCCCGCAGUGAAUACGGCAACACUCGCGCAUAUCUGCGCUUCGCUUUUCGGGAGCACAGGGCAGGCGAAGGCGACGAGCCAGCGAGAGCGGGCUCCUCUGAAUCUAAAACCAUCUCCUGGAAUCUUCCCAAUCGAAUCCGAAGCCUGCAAGAAACCCACAUAGGACCCGCACAUACAUAGCUCGAGCUAGGAAGCAAGUGAAUCCUCUGCGGGAGACGCUCUCCUCCUGAUCGCUUGGAAGUGGAAGCGAAGCCUACUGCCGCUGCCGAAUAAUGAGUCGACAUGAAGGUGUCAGCUGCGAUUCAUGUCUCAAGAGCAACUUCAAUGGACGGCGCUACAAGUGCUUGAUCUGCUAUGACUACGACCUGUGCGCCGACUGUUACGAGGAUGGCGUCACCUCCACGCGCCACCUGGUCGAGCAUCCCAUGCAGUGCAUCCUCACCCGCUCCGACAUCGAGCUGUACUUCGGCGGCGAGAUGCUAACCUCGGACCAGCCGCAGAGCUUCACCUGUCCCUACUGCAAGAAGAUGGGCUUCAGCGACGCCACCCUGCUGGAGCACGUCUCCGCCGAGCACACGGAGACCAGUCUGGAGGUGGUCUGUCCGGUCUGUGCCGGUCUGCCUGGCGGCGAGCCGAAUCUAGUCACAGAUGACUUUGCCGGUCACCUCACCCUGGAGCAUCGCCAGGGGCCGCGCGAGCUGAUUUCCUUUCUGGACGAGCCCUCGGCUAUCCGUCAUGGCGGUGGAGUACGUCGCAUCCCAGGACGCACCCUCGGCGGACCGCGGACACGUCGCUCCAAUAUGCACUUCAGCUCGUCGAGCGGGCUGUCGGCCUUGUCGCCCUCGGGCCGGGAAUCGGUGGAUCCCAUCGCGGAACUGCUGUCGCAGCUUUCGGGAGUGCGGAGGGGCGGACCGCCCACAUCGCAGCUGCAGCAGCUACAGAUGCAGAUGCAGUUGGAUCGCCAGCAGGUGACGGCAUCGCGCCAAAUCGAUCGGCUGCCAAGGCGUGCGCAUCCCAUAGUCUCAACAUCGAACUCGAAUGCCGCCAUGGCCGAGGUGAUCAGCGGCGGAGCAGGCGGCAGUGGCGCAGUUGGAAGCGGCAGUGGCGGCGGCAGUGGGGGCACGGCACCGCCCAACCUGCGCACCACCGAGUGGCCGGUGACAGCCAGCUUCUCGACAUCGGCCAGCAAUCAUUCGCAGACUCAGUCGAGUCUGGCCGCCAACAGCCUCAAUGCCAGAGAAGCGAUCGGAACGAGCAGCAGUGCAGCCAACAAUGCCCUCGGCAUCGGUGUGGGCGUCGGCGGAACGGCCAACGGCAACGGCGGAGCAGGUUCAUCCGGAGUGGCAGCUGGAGCCGGAGGAGCCAGCCAGACGGGUGGUCAGGGUGCAGCGGCAGCUGGCGAGACUUUAUUGCUGGCCCAGUUCAUGCAGCCUACCCUCAGCGAGGCCGAGUGGGCGAUGGUGGAGAGCAUGCGAGCAGAUCGCUCCAUGUUCGUGCAGUCGCUUAUGCUAUCGAUGCUUUGCAACGAGGCGUUGGACUUGAAUGCCUCCGAUGAAAGCCUGGCCAAGAGUGAUAAUGUAAAUAGGGGGCAACAGCAGGAGGACGCCGAGGCCGAGGCGCAGGCGGAGACGCUGCUGAACAACAAUGCCGAUGCGGAGCAGCAGCAGCAGCCCCAACCGGCGGCGAUGGUGCGACAGGUGAAUCAAAUGCAACAAACCUCGCCGGAGGACUUUGUUUGCGAUGAGUAUCGCUAUAAAAACAAAAAAGCCAACACAACACAAACGAGCGGCACAGGAGGCGGUGGAGGAGGAGGAGGAGUAGGUGGCGUGGGCGGCGGCUUGGGGGGAGCAGGAGCCACUGCAGCCCCAGGUGGGGGUGCUGGUGGAGCUGGCAGUAAGCCAACAGCUGACAGAGGCAUCGAGAGGCGCGGCGGUCGUCCGCCUCCUGCGGAGAUGGCCACGGGCUCGCAGCAGCCACAGCAGCAGCAGUCCACGGCCAAUCCGGCGGCGUCCCAGCAGAAAUACAAACAGAGCGCUAAUGCAGCGGCGGCGGCGGCAAACACAAAUCAAAUUCCCGACACUAGGUAGUGCCUCUGAUGAAGAUCACCACGAAUUGCAUCAACAACAACAAGAGUAACAACAACCACACCCAAUGUAGCUGCAGCAGCAACAAAAAUCUAUCACCACCACUAAACACCGCAACAGCAAAGGAAUCAGCAACGGAGUCCGAAGCAACAGCAGAUUGAACUACAAACCAACACAGCCGUUGAAGUAACAACCGGAGUGGGGGGUAGCUGCUGCUCUGGAUGAAAUCCGAUUCGUCUUAGGCAGUUGCUGACGCAUCCGCCGCAGCAAUUUCGUCAAAAGGAAAACUAUAUUAUGUAUCGUUUAUUAAAUAUAUUAAAAUUUAUAUAAUUAUAAAAAGAAGAGAAGAUGUGCAGCAAAAAAAUUAUUGUAAUCAUUGAAUUAAUUAUAAUUUAAAGAAACCACAA